AUGACGAUCAGGCCUGCACAUGAAGCGCUGCACCAGUACGCUCUGGUCAAGCUGGAGCCCUGUGGAGACUGGGAACGUCAGGCAUGGUCCUGCAGCAAGAAAGGACACUUGACUUUGCAGAUCUUGGGCUUCCACCUUGGCACCAAGGAGGGAGGCCACAAGGUCUUUGUCUCCAGGGAGAAGGACAAGUUCAGCAGGUGGAAGACGCUGGCAGAUGAAACUAUCUGUGCUGCUGCCCGGACAGCAGCUCAGAGGCCCAGCAAACCAACACAACAAGCUCUAGACACAUGUGUGUGGAUCUAUGAAACUAAAACCAUUGAUUCAUCAAAGAUUGAUGCUGUGGACAGAGAGUCUUCUGUGAGCUUGACUGACCCCCCUCUGGCUAACAAGUUCAACAGCACAGUGUCUCCUGCAAAGACCAAACAGGCACAUUUUCCAGCAAAUGAGGAUCCAUCCCACAAUCAAUCCAAGAAACAUGGAAAUCGGGGGAAAAACACUGGGGCCAGGCUUGCAGGCACGAACUGGAAGACAGCCAUGCUGGUCCUCAGCCCCUUGGCAUUCAUACUGGGAUUAAUAAUACUGACACUCAAUGUUCACUACAACAAGAAGAAGAAAAUCCUCUCUGCUCUGAAGAGCCCUCCAGACAACAGCAGCAGAGUUGAUUUACGGGAGCCGACCCCCUUGCGAAGAGGCCCCCAGCCAUACCUUCCACCAUCCCGCUCCCCUUCCCUGAGGCAUGGAGAGAUCCUUAUUGAGUGGAAAGACGGGACUGUCACUCCUCUUUUUGAUAACAUCAAUUACCAAGUGGACUAGUUCCAAAAUGACAGAGCUUUUGUUCCAUCCCGUGUCACUGUUCCCACCAGGAAGACUGCCACCACAGGUGAUCUCCUCCCUACCCUUGCUGUUUUGACAGGAAGCACAGUUUGGAGGUUUUUUUUAAACACUUGAGUACAAUCUCCUUGCACAGGACAAAGCUGAAGCAGAGUAGAUUGUUUGGUUUGUAUAGCACAUGCUGCUUAGUAAUUUCAGAGCUGCUUUAACCCAUAACAAAUCCCAGGUUUCCCUAUGUGAAGCUGGGACUUCUGCCAGCUGGAACUGCCCACUGAAUAGAGUUACUGAGCAUAUGAAAAAGUGAAUCUUUGAAGACAAGGCAAAAGGUAAAAAACAGAAAUCCUGAUGAUCCUUAAAUUCUUUUUAAGAUAAAACUAGCUGCCAAUAGACACAGAAGGCAAUCAGUUACAUUGUCAGUGUAGGAAUGUAAUUAAUAAGCACUGCCUCCUAUAAAUCUCUUCUAGGUAUAUGCCAAAAUAUUCAUUCCCCAGUAAGUUGUCAAUUAAGUAACAGCAAGUCAUUUUUCUAACUUAAAAUGUAGCACUCCACUGUCCUCUCUGCAUCACUGCAAGAGCCCUGCUGAGAGAGUAUGUGUCUCAAAACUUUUCCAUAUUUAGGAUGUACUAAACCUUAUAAUAACACACAUCCUCUUUUAUUAUAUAGACUGGCAAGAAAUGUCGGUCAUGCUUAUUGGGGAUAUUGCAUAUAGAGCCACUUUAUUCCAGCUUCAGUCUCUGAUUUCUUG